CUUUCCACAGUGUUAUCUUAGUCAUCAUGUUUAGUGGAGGUAUGGGAGACAACUUAAUAUUUAUAAAUGCUAAACCAGUUAGCCGCUAGCCACAUCUUGCUUUUGUUGUAUAGUACUUAGCCCACGGUAUUUUUAUUUCAAUCGAGUAGUACCCACAGCUUAGCAAAAUGUCAACUUUAGACACUGAGCAAGUACACAUCUUUAAGUGUUUCUUAGUAACAUUUGCAUUUGUGCAAUCCGUCGUUGCCUAUCACGCAUCACACAACUACUACCUUCCCUCAGAUGAAAACCGCUACGAACUGCCCCAAAAUAAUUAUAACAAAUACAUACACUUUGAUAAUUUUGAUGAUGCUAGCCGUUCAGGAAGGCAAAUAAAUUCCGGUGGCUUCGAUUGGGAUUCCCCAUCAGGAUCUUUUAAUCAGAAUAAUGUUAACAGGAGGCGCUUUAAUGGAUGGGGCUCAGUUUCUGAUGAUUCAAGUGAUAGUUUUAUUUUUGAAGAUGACUUUGACAACAGAAAUUUUGUUAGAACGACACAAAGAAUGCCAACAACUCGACGAAGAAGACCCACAACUCCAAGGGUACCGAUUUCAACUGUUGCUAUCCCAGGAAUGGGAACCCCCAGAACACCUUGUGAAGAUCGAUGUUUAUCGACACCUGAAUAUAAUCCAGUUUGUGGGGAUGACGACAUGACGUAUUUUAGCAGACAUCGGCUCAUUUGUGCCCAAAAGUGUGGAAAAAGAGUAAAACUAAAACAUUUAGGAGCAUGUUCUCUCCUUCCACCAAGAGGUUAAUCACACCGGACGACCCAAAGUUAUCUAUUAUGAGACUGAUUACUUCAUAUAUAAUAUAAAGGAUACAUAUUGCUAACUUAUGUACUUAUAAAUGUUAAUUAAUGAUUUUACCAAUUACAUAUAACAAACCAACAAAGCAAAA